AUGAAUUGCAUUAGAAAAUGGAACAUAAGCAUCCAAUACGAGAUGAUGACCAUGAAUCCUCUCUCUCAAGCUGAGACACUUGUUCUCUCUGGUUUCUCCAACAACAAACUAAGGCGUCUCCCUCACGUCUUCAGCAGGAUUCUUCAACUUCCGUUACGGUCUGAUGCUGACGUGGCAAUCGAAGAAUCACCUGACUGUUUCCGAUUCAUGGCGGUCACCGACUCCUCACUCGGUCACGUGGAGACGCACGCGCUUCACAUCCAUCCAGGUGUUACCAGAAUUGUUGUAAGGGCAAGUCAGUCACUUCACUUUUCGGUGGAUGAUCUUCAUCCUGAUAUCUGGAGGUUUCGUCUCCCUGACUCUGUAAUCCCGGAGCUUGCCACCGCCGCGGUGGUCGACGGCGUGCUCGUCGUCACUGUUCCAAAGGCUGCAGCUGCUGCGCUUGUGGUUGUUCAGUAA